ACCGCCGAGUUUGAAUAAAGUAGAAUCUGGUCCAGUAGGAGUGACAUUUUUGGAGAAAGUGGAUGCUUGCCUUUUGGCGGAUCCAUUUGUAUUUUCAGGGAACAGGACACCAUUGAAAGGAGUGAUUUCUCGGGUAGCGUUAAGUGUGGAGAUGGAGCGAUUGAAGUUGAAAAUUCCAGGUGUGUGUGACGCCCGCCGUGUAGGUAUGCUGUGACUGGCUUCACCCUCCAGUACAGUAGAUGGCGGUGUAUGCACCUACAAGUUGGAUGCAAUCCACCAACCAAAUCCCAAAGAAGAAGUAGCGAAGAGAAGAAAAAAAAAGAGGAAAAAAAACAAGUUGUCAUCAGACGCAUGCGUAUUUCACUGUUCAAUGUCACAGCAACAAUUGAACAUGGCUGCCGUGGGUUUCAGAAAUUGGGCUCGAGCUCUUUCCAAAGGGAAACAGCCAGGCUUCUCGGCGCUUUUCUCCCAAGUCAGAGCAGCCUCUGGACCUUCCAAGGGCAUGCUGCCAGGACCAUACCCCCAAACGCCCGAGGAGAGAGCAGCUGCAGCGAAGAAGUACAACAUGAGGGUGGAGGAUUAUGAACCAAUCCCGGAUAAUGGCGAGGGGUAUGGAGACUACCCACAAUUGCCAGACAGAUCACAGCAUGAGAGAGACCCCUGGUAUUCCUGGGACCAUCCAGACCUGAGGAGGAACUGGGGGGAGCCGAUCCACUGGGAUUUUGACAUGUUCAUCAGGAAUCGAGUGGACACGUCGCCCAGCCCUGUGGCCUGGCACACCAUGUGCAAACAUCUGUUUGGUUUCGUUGGAUUCAUGCUGCUGAUGUUCUACCUUGGGGAGAAGUUUCCAUCUUACCAGCCGGUGGCACCCAAACAAUAUCCUUACAGCAACCUGCACCUAGAGAGAGGAGAGGAUCCCGAGAAACAACCUGAAGAAGUCAAACAUUUUAACAUUUAAAUAUCUGCUUCUCUCUAAAUGUGUAUAUUUCUGUCUAAUAAAGAGUUAUUAGUGUGACUUCAGUCACAUUCCUGA